AUGGCCCACAAAUCAAAGAAACGGAAGAUCUCCCAGCACCAGACUGGCAGAAACGAUGAGCAUGUCGACACGUCCAAACCCUCUGCGAUCUUCACUCCAAAGGGACCCAGAUUACACACGUUGAGCGUUGCUCUACCAGGGAGUAUCAUCGAAAAUGCUAAAUCCCAUGACCAAAAAACCUUUCUUGCAGGGACAAUUGCUCGUGCUCUCGCCGUAUUUUCCGUCGACGAGGUCGUCAUCUUUGACGACGAUAAUCCUCCCCGACCCGGUCGCAUCUUCGAUGAUCUUACCACGGACGAAUACACCGCGACAAAAGACCCGUCUCACUUCCUCGCACACCUCCUCUCCUACCUAGAGACGCCGCCACAUCUGCGGAAGCAUCUAUUCCCCAUGCACCCUAAUCUGCGAACGGCAGGGACGCUGCCAAGUCUCGAUAUGCCCCACCAUCCCCGAGCGGACGAGUGGUGCGACUAUCGGGAGGGAGUUGUGGUGUCUGGAGAUGGCGAGAAACCUACGCUUGUUGAUACCGGUCUUCCGAAAAAGAUCCAAUUGAACGACUACGACAUCCCUUCUAAAACGAGGGUGACCAUCAAAUUCGGGUCUCGAGAUAGCUACGAAAAGGAUGCAGAACCGGUGGAUCCCGCCGAACCGCGUGAGCAGGCUGGCUACUACUGGGGCUACAGCGUGCGACGGUGCGGGUCGCUCUCCGCAGUGUUCACCGAGUGCCCGUUCGACGGGGGGUAUGACCUGUCAUUCGGCACCUCGGAGCGUGGCGCACCCAUCUCACAAGUCCUGGCAGAGCCCAGCUCGAUCCCAAAGUAUCGACACCUUCUCGUGGUGUUUGGUGGAGUCGCCGGCAUCGAGGCGGCCAUUACGGCGGAUCCGGGGCUGUUGGAAAAAGGUCUCACACCGGCGACCGCAGGGGAACUCUUCGACUACUGGGUCAAUGUGCUGCCGGAUCAGGGCAGCAGGACGAUCCGCACUGAGGAAGCGGUCUGGCUGGGGCUGAUGGGAUUGAGAGGGUUGGUGGAGAGAAACGGCUGA